CCUCAAGUAGGAAGUGAUUACUUCACUUCGCAAGUUUAUAUAAACGAUGUAGGAGAUGUGUCCAACAUUCGUUACUCCUUGACUGAUAUAAAACAUGCUAGGCUGAGAGUAUUUACCUAAUCAACAAUUAGCAGCACUGCAAACCUGCAGGACAUAAUUUUAUACGAUCGGAUGGUGUUUCGACUAUGGUUACUUUAGAACACUCCAGUGGCUCCAAGGAUGAUACAGAGGCCAUCCUGCCUCAGGAACAAGAACCGGAGAAGAGAAGACUUCAGUCCCACUCCCAACUAUAUGGAGCCAUCACCGGGAACAGUACAGGCAACCUAGGAGAUACCUGCCCGACUUGUUGGGGAGUAGGGCGUAUUCCAAGAGGACAUGAUCAGCUAGUGGCAGUCAUCCCAUGUUCAGACAUUAGACUGAGGCCCAGCCGGACAAAACUCUAUGUGUGUAUUUCAGUGGUGGUGUGUCUCCUGAUCUGCUGUCUGAUCCUCUUCUUCCUCUUCCCACGGAGUAUCUCACUGUCCCUUGUCACCGUCAAAUCAGUGAUGGUCUUCUUCACCCCACAAACAGUUGAAAUGCAAAUCAUGAAUGUCUUUAACGUCACCAAUGAGAACUUUGCGGACAUUCAAUUCUUGGAAUUUGAUAUACAAGUGCUGAUUGCUGAAACAGUGGUUGGCAGGAUCAAGAUAUCUAAUAUGACGGCGGUCAAAUCACGUUCAGAGAAAGCGUAUACUGUUGUCAUACCCAUAACAAUUGAGGACCCAGGCCUGAAUAAUUACUGCAAGUCAAACACCAUAAGGAUUCACACCUUGUUCUUGCAUUUGCAAAUGACAAUGAACAUUUCCUACUUGGCUCACUCGGAGCAGCUGUCCGAAGACACCUUUGAGUACAUUGACUGUGGAGCCAACACCACCACUCCCCACCCUAUCGGGCAAAUUAUUUUUGAAAGAUGAAAGCCUGUCAAUGAGGAAUCCCCAAAGUGAAAAGGUUUAUUAUGAACAAGAUAGACUCUAAGGAAUAGGGGCCUCUUCCAUUCUAUCUUAUGUCCAGCGGUCAUAAAAAAUAUAUUGCUAAAUGUUUCGUUGUCAAAGGGAAAUGUAUACAUAUAGUAUUGUAGUAGACUAUAGUAUUGUCCUAUGCUCUGUUCACGUUAUUUUCUUUGCAAUAUUCUUCUGAGGUCGUUUUUUUAAUGAUUUAUGAACUGUGAAAGUACAUGUUGGUGUAAUUGUAACAUAAUUGUAGGGAUUUAAAACAUACACUGAGUGUACAAGCCAUUAGGAACCCCUUCCUAAUAUUGACUUGCACCCCCCUUUUCCCUCAGAACAGCCUCAACUUGUCGGGGCAUAGACUCUACAAGGUGUCGGCCCAUGUUGACUCCAGUGCUUCCCACAGUUGUGUCAAGUUGGCUGGAUGUGCUUUGGGUGGUGGACCAUUCUUGAUACACACGGGAAAUUGUUGCGUGUGAAAAACACAGCAGCGUUACAGUUCUUGACACACUCAAACUGAUGCUCCUGGCCCCUACUACCAUACCCCAUUCAAAGGCACUGAAAUGUGUCUUUCCCAUUCACACUCUGAAAGGCAUACAUACUCAAUCCAUGUCUCAAUUGUCUCAAAGCUUAAUAAUCCUUCUUUAACCGGUCUCCUCCCCUUCAUCUACACUGAUUGAAGUGGGUUGAACAAGUGACAUCAAUAACAGAUCAGAGCUUUCACCUGGAUUCACCUGGUCAGAAUAUGUCAAGAAAAGAGCGGGUGUUACUAAUGUUUUUUACACUCAGUGUAGAUUUCAUCAUUAAAAGUCAAUCAGUGUAUAUGAGAUAUAUGAUCAUGAUUUAUAAUACAAAUUAAAUCCGUUAAUUAAGCUA